CAUGGGUUCCCCAUACGACGUGAUUCUGCAGUGGUACUGUUACAUUUCUUGGAAAAUAAGCUAACAUCUGCUUUUCCACAGUUAUCAAGGUCGAUAAACCCAUUUGAUCUUGGCGGUGAAGCACCUCGACCCCAAACUCAAACAUCCUUUUCAAUGACUUCCUUACAAGGUGCCUUACCAAAUGCACCUCCUCAUUCUGGCCUACUGCGCACUUCAAGCCUUGGUACUUCAUCAUCAACAUGGAUGCCACCUCAAUCUUUACCAUACACACCAAGGAUGCCAUCAGAAUCACCGCCUAAUUCAUCAGCAUUGCCACCAAGGACAUACUCAGGAGCUCAAUUACCUAGUAUCUUGCAACCGUCCGGCCGUCAGGUUGGAGUCAUUGGCAGUGAGGCAUCGUAUGGUUUUAUAAAUACUGGUAGAUUCCCAGCACCUGCUACCCCACAGCCUUCCUCUUCUGUUGGUGAGGGAAACCCAUUUGGCUGGAUAGAAAAAGAAAACAACCUGGACCCAUUUCCGCUUAAGCAUCUUUGUUAG